AUGAAUUUAAUCUUCUCAAGAUUAUUGGCAUACUUUUACUUCGGAUUCCAAGUCAUUCUACAGUUCUACAUCGACCCUUGUCACCUCCAUCCCCAGCCGUGUCACAUUCUGGCGCAGAUAGGAAACACCGUGCGCCUUGGUGCCCUUCUGCCCACCCGCCAGACGGCCAGGGUGCAGGCUGCCCUGAACCGCGCCCUCGCCGGUCUCGCUCAAACUGGGGACAACUUUCUACCUUUCAACCUGAGCCUGGAAGUGGUUCCCCAAGAGCCAGCAAAAGGAGACCCCGAGUCCCUUUUCAGGUGUGUUUGUCAGGCUAUCGUUGUUCAGGGGGUCUCCGCUGUGCUCGCCUUCCCCCAGACCCAGGAAGAGAUCGUACAAGUGGAAUUUAUGGCUUCAUUUUUGGAAAUACCUUUUAUAAGCAUCAUUGAAUACGGAGAGCCUCUGAAAACACAGAACCGCUUCCACCUACAGAUGGUUACUCGGAUCCCCCCGUCGGGCCUGUCGGAGCUGCUGCUGGCCGUCCUCCAGCGGAGCGGCUGGCAGGAGCGCAUGGCCGUGCUGUGCCAGGGUUGGGAGGAGGAUGGCCUGCUGGAACUACUGGACCUCCAGAGCCACCUGGGCUGUGGUGCAAACCGUUGGCAACUCCGCGCCCUCCUCAACCUCACCCGUGCUGGCCCAGCAGAAUCCCAAAUCCAGGACUUCCUUUCAGAACACUUCCGGGGGCAGGGCCCAAGUCAGAUCCCACCACCGGCCGCGGUGCUGCUGUUUGGGGGCGACCCAGAGUGUGCCGCGGCGGUGCUGCGGAGCGCCCAGGACUUGGGGCUGACGCUGCCCAUGGUGCACUGGGUGCUGGGCUACCCACUGAGCCCCGACGCCCUGCACUCCAUCGGCCUACCCCUGGGUCUGCUGGCCUACGGUGAGGUGGAGCGCAAGCCGCUGGACUUCUACAUCCGCGACGCACUCCAGCUGGUAGGCCGGGCAGUGUCAGCGGCCACAGUGGUGCGCCCAGACCUGGCGCUUAUCCAGAACAUGGUCAACUGCUACGACAAACCCAACAAGCACGAGGUUCCUGUCCAACACGUCGUUCUCAGGGCUGACGGGGCCGGUGUCGGUGCAGAGGAACCUAUCCCGAGUUCUCACCUCUCAGCGAUUCCACAUCUGGAGCCUGCAGCGGGACGCGGUGGGCCAGCCCACCUGGGUGACAGUGGGCAGCUGGGAGGGGGGCCAUCUGGAGGUGGAGGACCAGGGCCUGUGGCAAGGGCACAAUGGCAAGGGCCAUGGCCAGGGGGAGGGCCAGGGAGGCGGGGCGGGGGCCGGUGGCGAGCCGGCAGUCCUGUGGCAGGCAGCCGGGUGCGGGUAGUCACCCUAGUGGAGCACCCCUUCGUAUUCACGCGGGAGGUGGAUGAGGACGGGAACUGUCCGGCAGGACAGUAUUGCCUGGACGCGGGGACAAACAGCUCGGAUAUGCUGGAGCGCUACUUCAGUGAGCGUGCCACAGGAAACUCUACCUUCCUGCCCACGGACUACGGCAAGUGUUGUUACGGAUACUGCAUAGACCUGCUGGAGAAAAUGUCAGAGGACAUGCACUUCGAGUACGACCUGUACAUUGUGGGCGACGGGAAGUACGGUGCAUCGAAAAGCGGCCGCUGGACUGGGCUGGUGGGUGACCUGCUCAAUGGCGUGGCCGACAUGGCCGUCACCUCAUUCAGCAUUAACUCAGUACGCAGCCGUGUCAUCGACUUCACCUCGCCCUUCUUCUCCACCUCGCUGGGCAUCCUGGUGCGCAGCAAGGACACGGCGGCGCCCAUCGGCGCCUUCAUGUGGCCCCUGCACUGGUCUAUGUGGGUGGGCAUCUUUGUGGCGCUGCAUAUCACCGCCCUCUUCCUCACCCUCUAUGAGUGGAAGAGCCCGUUUGGCAUGACGCCACACGGACGCAACCGUCUGCGCGUCUUCUCCUACUCGUCUGCGCUCAACCUCUGCUACGCCAUCUUGUUUGGCCGCACGGUCUCCAGCAAGACGCCCAAGUGCUGGACGGGUCGGUUUCUGAUGAACCUGUGGGCCAUCUUCUGCCUGCUGGUGCUGUCCAGCUACACAGCCAACCUGGCCGCCGUCAUGGUCGGCGAGAAGACCUUCGAGGAGCUAUCGGGGAUCCACGACGCCAAGCUCCAUCACCCAUCCCAUGGUUUCAGGUUUGGUACGGUGAGGGAGAGCAGCGCUGAGGAGUACAUGAAGAAGAGUUUCCCAGAGAUGUACGAGUACAUGAGGCGCUACAAUGAGCCCACCACACCCGAUGGAGUGUCCACCCUCAAGUAA